AUGGACAAAACAACUAUUUCAAAAACCACUAAGAACAUUACAAUCGUACUAUUUUUGAUGGCAUUUCUUACAAUCUACAUGUACUUGUACCACGACUCAACCAAAAACUUUUUCAGCAAAUUCACUGGUGCUCAUGUCCAGAUAAAUAACAUCAGUACAGAAAAUUGCCUCAGUAUUCUUAAGAUGCAUAACUACAAGUGCAGCCCAGACAUCACCUUGGACAAACAUCUGAUAGCAACAUCUAAAGAGAAAGAAGAACCAGACACCAUUGUGUUAAUCUGGAUGUGGCCUUUUGGCAAAAAUUUUGGUUUAAGACCCUGCAGUUCGGCUUUCAAUAUCCAUGGCUGUCGUUUAACGGAUGACAGAGGUCUAUUUAAUCAAGCACAUGGGGUAAUGAUUCAUCAUAGAGAUAUUAGUGGGGAUUUAUCCAACAUGCCACAACUCCUACGACCAGCUUUACAGAAGUGGGUAUGGUGGAAUAUGGAGUCUCCAACUUAUACAAAUCAAAUUCCCUUGCUAAAAGAUCUAUUUAAUCUGACUUCAAGCUACCGCUGGGACUCGGAUAUUCCAGUACCUUACGGUAGGAUCACAGAAAGCACAGAGGAAGAGAAAAAAUAUACUAUCCCAAAGAAGGACAAAUUAGUUUGUUGGGUAGUAAGUCACUAUAGCCCAGACCUUAAGCGAUCACAUUAUUAUACGGAGUUAGUGAAAUUCAUUGACGUGUCAACUUAUGGCGGGCACUUCAACAAACCAGUUAAUGAUAAGGAAUAUUCCAGUUUAGUGUCCAGUUGCAAAUUCUACCUGUCUUUUGAGAAUUCCAUUCAUAGAGACUAUGUGACAGAGAAGCUGUUUAAUGCUCUAGGGCUUGGUACCGUUCCUGUUGUUAUUGGCCCACCCAGAGAAAACUAUGAGCUGUUCAUACCAAGUAAAGCCUUCAUUCAUGUGGAUGACUUUCCAUCCCCAAAAGAACUGGCCGAUCAUCUGAAACACCUCGACCAAAACGAGGACCUGUAUAUGCAGUACUUCACCUGGAGAGAACGUUUUGUUUCAAAGAGAACAUACUUUGGUCUUGAACAUGCCUGUUGGAUUUGUGAUCAUAUUAGAAGGAAUAAGCACUACAAAGUGGUCAAAGAUCUCAACAGCUGGUUCUGGGGUUGAGGGCACUUUAACAGAUGCUCAGUGAAUGGUGAGGUAAGUCAUGAGCA